ACCACAACUUCCCUGGGCAACCUGACUACUCUCAUGGUGAAGAAAUUCAGAUGAGCUGGUUGCCACAUUUGCACAGGGAAAAGCUAGUUGAUAUGAUUGAUAGGAAUCUUUAACAACUCUUUCUAAAAUGGGAAGAAACGCCAGUGCUUGAGCACCUUAAUCCUUCCUUUCAAGUCUGGAGGUAUGCAUCUGCCUUCAUUGUCGAGAACAGAGUUGCUGUGGUGUAGACAGAGUCCGGUUAUAUUGACUGGAGUGACAGCUGAGCCAUCUCGUCUACCUGAGACAGUAAUGGGUGGAAGCAAACUGCCUCCUUGAAUUGAGCUUUUUAGGAUUGUUCCUUUACCUCCCUUCCAGAACAGGUUCUCGUCUGGAAAGAGGCUUCAUUUUGCAACACCUUCCCUUGACAGCAUAAGUCGAGUUGUGAGAGUCUGCUUAAAAACACAUGAUAGUAUUCGGUUUCAGGUUAAGGCAUCAUAUUUAGGCAUCUACAUAUAAACAUUUAUAUGUUUAUAUAAGUUAUACACCUAAAUUCCUGCCGUGAGUGAGGAAUAAACCAGGUGUCAAGGUUAAGUCCAGAAGGCUCCUCAGGUUCUCAGGAACUGCUGAGAAGCUGGGAUAGCCAAAGGUAUCACCUACUAGCAGGUCACCUGAGUUGCCGUUUAGAGUCCAUUGACUGUAUCAAGUAGGCAUCCCAAUAAUUUGUUCAGUCAUAGCAGUCUGAUACGAUGUGAGAUACCCCGGUGUGACCUGUCAUUUGUCCAGUUUUCAUUCCAGAGGAGCACGAGCUUUCCAACGUCCCUUCAUCAAAUGUGACAGGUGCCUUCAGAUGUCUCAGAUACCCUCCAGCGUAUCAAGUGAUGUUCAUUAGUGCCUUCCACAGCAUUAUUAAUGUCAACAUUCUGCUGAUCUCUUUUUACUGCAUGAAGACUCAGGAUCCAGCAACUGUGACCACGUACUACUUGGAAACUCUGUUGUCAUAAUAAAGCCUUAAAACAUCUUAGACAAUAUUGCAUCAAGACAGUACAUGAACAAUAGGAACUGUAGUGAUGAGGAUGCCCCAAGAUCCUAGCUAUACAUUAAGGUUGUUGGAUGUACUUUGUUAGAUGAGUUCUGUGUGCUGAAUUUUGCCUUUUUUGCAGAAAAAGGAUACAGGUCUACAGGUAUUUGUCCAAAAGUGUAGAUCUGAUUUGUAAUGAGUGUGUUUGAAAGAUUGUUUCACUCUGGUUUGUGUUUCUUUCCAUGUUAAGAAAGGAUAUCAAGAACUGGGAUUUACCACAUAAUAUUUUAAUCUAACAUUGAAUUUUGAUUUUCUGAAGAGGAUUGUGACUCUGUUGGGCAUUGAAAUGUGUAUAAAUUAGCCAUUCUUCUGUUAAAUCUGUGUAAUUAGACCACAAUUAACAUGACGCUAAAUGUACCAUGAGAAAACUUCCUCAACUUUCUCUCAUUUCUCUGUUCACCAUAGAUAAUAUAAAUUGGAUGGUACAUUGUGUCUGGUACAUUAUCUUCCACAACAGAUUCUCUCCCCUUCAGAGAGAAAUGUAAGUUCGUUACGCUUAUCUUGCACCAGGUUUGAGUUUACUUUGUUUCUAUUUCUUAUCUUGAUACUUGAACUGCUGCAAUAAUAAUGGCCAGGGAAAACCAAAGUAUAGUGACACAAUUUGUCUUUCAAGGCCUUUCCUCCCAGCCAAGGACACAGACCAUCCUUUUCGUAGCGUUCCUGUUUUUUUAUCUGUUCACAGUUGUUGGGAACAUCACGAUCAUUGCAGUAAUCAGAGCCGAUUGCCAGUUGCAGUCACCCAUGUACUUCUUCCUUGCCAACCUGGACUUCUUGGAUAUCUGCUUCGUCUCCAGCAACAUCCCCCAGAUGCUGGUGAACCUCUUGACCAGGAAGAGGACCAUCUCCUUCUCUGGAUGUGCUGCUCAGAUGUGUUUCUCUCUGGCUUUUGGCAUGACAGAGCGUGUUCUGCUUGGGGUCAUGGCCUAUGAUCGGUAUAUGGCAAUAUGUCACCCCUUGCUCUACACCACUAUUAUAAGCAGAAAGGUUUGCAUUCACAUGGUAAUGGCUUCCUGGAUCACCAGCUUGCUGAGCUCCAUGGUCAUCAACAGUCUCAACUUGCGGCUGCCGUUCUGUGGGCCUGACAUCUUGAACCAUUUCUUCUGCAAAGCACCUGCAGUGCUGGCCUUGGCCUGUGCGGACACUGCCUUCACGGAGCUGGUCAUCUUCAUCUUCAGCAUCCUCAUAGUCUUCAUCCCCUUUCUUCUGAUCAUCACCUCCUAUGCCCAUAUACUUUCUGCUGCAUUGAAGAUUCAAUCUGUACAUGUGCAAUCCAAGGUCUUCUCCACCUGUGGAUCCCACCUGAUGGUGGUAACCAUAUUCUUUGGGACAGCCAUUUGCAUUUACGUGAAUCCUAAAUCAAGGGCUCCACAGGACAGGGACAAAGUGAUUUCAAUGUUUUACACCAUUGUAGCCGCAAUGCUGAACCCCCUCAUCUACAGCCUUAGGAACAUGGACAUGCAGCGUGCCCUGAGAAGGGCAAUGAAUAGAUCCAAAUCCUUCUUUAUCUAAAGGCUUCACAGGGUUUGUUGGUGUUGCAUUUAGCUCUAGGAGUUGAAACAAUACUCAAAUAAGAUUGUUUCUCUACCUGUAAUUGUCCUAGACUUAUUUUAUCGAGACUGAGAUGAAAUCAUAACUGUGCUAAAUCCAACAGCACCUAAAGACCUUGCAUGCAAAGAACUUCCUAAAUAAUAUUUGAGAUUGGAUGUGGCCAAAAACCCAGAGGCCAAUGGCAUUAUGACAAGAAAGAGAAAAGGAAGAGAAAGGGAAAAAAAUUA